CUUACGCACCGACCUUGAUCAUCUCCAUUUCUCUAAAAGCUUCUCUCAUCUCUCACCUGCGUUGGUGGUAGUGGAAGAGGCGGAGAAAGACGCGCAGCAACGGCCGAACCCUUUUCCGGUGGAAGGACAGAUCGAGAGGAACGCGGUAUCGAAUCUGUUUGUCUCUCCCAGCCAGCCAGUUGCCGUCAAAAUUGAUUUAUUUACAUCCAGUUGGUUUGGAAACCCUAGCCCAUUCUUUCUUCGCGCUGUUACUGUGUAGGUUCUGUAAAUUGCUCUUGGGAUACCUAAGGUUUACCCUCCCAUAGUUUUGAAGACCUCAACGGAAUCUUGCCGAAGGACCCUGUGCUCAUUCUGACCGAGAGCCUGUUUCCCGUAGAGAACUUGCAGGGAACAAUGUUUGGGUCAACUAACCCUUUUGGGCAAUCAUCUAACAGCCCAUUUGGGUCUCAACCAGUUUUUGGGCAAGCUAAUAAUGCAAGCAACAACCCUUUUGCUCCCAAACCCUUUGGUGCUACAACACCUUUUGGUUCACAGACAGGAGGUUCCAUUUUUGGUGGCACUUCAACUGGUGUAUUUGGUGCAGCCCAAUCUUCUUCACCUUUGACCUCCACACCAACUUUUGGCACUUCAUCAUCUCCUGCUUUUGGAAGUACUACACCUGGGUUCGGAGCUUCAUCAACUCCUGCUUUUGGUAGUUCCUCAUCAUCAUUUGGCGGUUCUUCUCUCUUUGGGCAAAAGUCUGUUUUUGGCGGUUUUGGGUCUAAUGCCACCCCCACCCAAACAAGUCCAUUUGGAAGCACAUUCCAGCAAUCACAGCCAGCAUUUGGGAGCAGUCUGUUUGGUUCUUCCUCACCUUUUGGUGCAUCAAGCCAACCAACAUUUGGUGCUUCUAGCACCCCAGCUUUUGGUGCUGCAAGCACUCCAGCUUUUGGUUCAACAACAACGCCAACAUUUGGUAGCACGGGCUCUGCAUUUGGUGUCUCAAGUGCCCCUUUAUUUGGAUCUGGGGGUUCAUUUGGGGCUUCAAGCACUCCAGCAUUUGGUGCACCAAGCACCCCUGCCUUUGGUGCAUCAAGCACCCCUGCCUUCGGUGCUUCAAGUACUCCUGCCUUUGGUGCUUCUAGUACUCCUGCCUUAGGUGCUUCUAGUGCUCCAUCCUUUAGUUUUGGUUCCAGUCCUGCAUUUGGACAAUCUACUUCAGCAUUUGGAAGCAGCCCAUUUGGUGCCGCUUCAUCCCCCUUUGGAGCACAGAGUUCUCCAUUUGGAGCCCAGACUCCAACUCCAACAUUUGGUAGCUCUGGUUUUGGGCAAUCUGCUUUUGGGGGUCAACGGGGGGGAAGUAGGGUGGCUGCUUAUACACCAACGGCCGAAGUUGAUAGUGGCAGUGGUACACAGCCUGCUGGAAAGCUGGAGUCUAUAUCAGCCAUGCCAGUAUACAAAGAUAAAAGCCACGAAGAACUGAGAUGGGAAGACUACCAGUUGGGUGAUAAAGGUGGACCAGCUCCUGCUGGUCAGGUUGCUAGUGCAAUUGGAUUUGGUGCUUCUAGUACACCGUCAAAUCCAUUUGCUUCAUCAUCGGCAUUUGGCCAGUCAUCAGCCAACCUAUUUUCAUCCUCAACAUCUUCCAACCCAUUUGCCCCCAAAACUCCAACUUUUGGCAACACGGCCUUUGGACCUUCGUCCACUCCUGCCUUCGCGUCUUCACCUUUUGGUACUUCAUCUACAUCCAACCCUUUUGGGUCAACUUCAUCUGCAACAACUUCUAUAUUUGGUGCAUCAACCCCUGGUUUUGGAGCCAAUACCUCGCCUUCACUUUUUGGUUCAUCAAGCUCAUCUGCUUUUGGGUCUUCAACAUCAGUUUUUGGUUCUACUUCAGCUCCAGGAACAGCUCCAGCAUUUGGUUCUGGCUUAAGUUUUGCUAACACUCAAUCGUCUCCACUGUUCCAGUCAACUACACCUUCACUUGGACAGACAAGUUCAGUUUUUGGACAGACUGGAUCCACUUUUGGACAGAGUGCCCCAGGUUUUGGUCAAUCAAGCUUAUUUAGUACACCGACUACUGGGUUUGGGGGCAACUUGUUCUCAAGCACACCAUCACUGCUAUCUACAAGCAAUCCUAUGGGAUUUGGUCAAACAACUCCAUCACUUUCCACACCUUUUCAGUCUGCUCAACCUGCUCAGACAACAGGUUCUUUUGGGUUUGGCAGCUUUGGCCAGGCACAAGCUGCUGGCGCAAGUGGUUUUGGAGGCACACCAGGCAUCUUUGGUCAGGCUGCAUUUGGACAAUCGCCUGCUACUCAGAGCUCUAUGGUUGCGCAGCCACUACCUGUAACAAAUCCUUUUGGAACUCUACCCACAAUGCCUCAGAUGUCAAUUGGUCGUCUGGGAACUGCACCUUCUGUACAAUAUGGAAUUUCUAGCAUGCCUGUUGUGGACAAGCCUGCUCCUGUAAGAAUAUCAUCUUUGUUGACUUCUCGACAUCUUUCUCAAAGAAGGAUUAGGUUGCCUGCAAGGAAAUAUCAUCCCAAAAAUGAUGGUCCAAAGGUGGCUUUUUUUACGGAUGAUGAAGAGACACCCAGCACGCCUAAGGCAGAUGCUCUUUUCAUUCCCAGGGAGAACCCCCGAGCUCUUGUUAUUCGCCCCUUAGAACAAUGGCCUCCAAGAACAAGUGCCGAUAAAUUACUUCAUUUGAAGGAGACAUCUGCCCCAACAUAUGAAAAUGGUAAAUUUCAUGAAGCUGGUUCUCCCUCCUUUAAUGGCUCCAAUACAGCGGAUAAAGAUAAAAAUCCAGUUGAAAAUGGACUCGGGAAGGAACAAGCUCCUCCUGCCAAACCAAACCAGAAGCCUAAUGGAGUCCAUGAUGAUGAUAGCAACCAGAAAGGGGACUCUUACAUUACUCUAACCGGGCACAGAGCUGGUGAGGCAGCAAUUGUGUAUGAACAUGGGGCUGACAUCGAGGCUCUGAUGCCGAAGCUCCGUCAUUCUGACUACUACACAGAGCCUCGAAUUCAAGAACUAGCUGCCAAAGAAAGGGCAGACCCAGGGUUUUGCCGUCGUGUCAAGGACUUUGUGGUAGGACGGCAUGGAUAUGGUAGCAUCAGGUUCUUUGGGGAGACGGAUGUAAGGCGUCUUGAUCUUGAGUCGCUCGUGCAGUUUAACAACCGAGAGGUGAUAGUUUACAUGGACGAGAGCAAGAAACCUCCCAUUGGACAGGGUCUCAACAAGGCAGCCGAGGUAACGCUCCUCAACAUAAAAUGUUUCGACAAAAAGACCGGGCAUCAAUAUACAGACGGGGCAAAAGUUGAUAGGUACAAGGAGAUGCUAAAGAGAAAAGCGGAGGACCAGGGUGCUGAGUUCGUGUCGUAUGACCCAAUCAAUGGAGAAUGGAAGUUCAGGGUCAGACAUUUCAGCAGGUACAGGUUUGAAGAGGAAGAGGAAGAUGAAUGUAACUGGGAUAUGUGUGUUUCUCCUGCUUGCUGACACUAGUAGUAAGCAAUGUGAAUGUGCUUUGUUUGUUUGUGCUAUGAUCUGUUUGUAUAGAAUAGAAUUUACCUGGAAUUCGUCUGUCAUACUAGCUAGUUGCCGUAUGGUGGAUGAUGGAGCAAUCCGGAGCAGUGGGACUAAGCUGUUGAUGAUGAUGGUGCGCUAAGCCUAAGCUUCUGCCUUUUGAUGUGGUAUCUGUUACUGGGUUUGAACUGUGUUUGUCUGUCUGUGUCUGUCUUGUCAUUUAAGUGGUCGAUUCGGGAGGUUGGUUUGGUUGGACAGUGCCCAAGACCAAGAUUGCAAAUUUUGAUAUUGAUCCAUAAACAAUGUUGUUAUUAUUGUCGUGCAUAUUUCAAGUUUUUCUAUAUAAAAGGCGAGCUCUUGUAAGA